CGUAAACCGGAACCAUCGUAAACUGGGACAGCGAGCGGUGAGCAUCUCUUCAAUAGUGUAUGUGUGGCAACAACAUGUCGGUCCCGCUGCUCGACGAGGCUGCGACGGUGUCUGGGACGGAGGAGGAGACUGCUGCUGUGAUCUUCCUUCACGGUUUGGGAGAUAAUGGAAAAGGCUGGGCUGAUGUAUUGACCAGCAUUCGGUUGCCUCAUGUCAAGUUCAUCUGUCCUCAUGCGCCUGCUAUCCCUGUCACUCUGAACAUGGGCGCCUUGAUGCCUGCAUGGUUUGACCUCAAAGGCCUCAGUCCAGACUCAGCAGAGGACGAAGCAGGGAUCAAAAAGGCAGCAGAGAACAUCAAGGCCAUAAUUGAACAUGAGGCUAGAAAUGGCAUCCCCCCUCACCGCAUUAUACUUGGAGGAUUCUCUCAGGGUGGAGCAUUGUCCUUGUACACAGCUUUGACCUGUCAACAUCAGUUGGCUGGAGUUGUGGCUCUGAGCUGCUGGCUACCACUUCACCGGACUUUUCCUGCGGCGUCCAGUGGCACCAGGAACAUCCCGAUCCUCCAGUGCCACGGGAAGUGUGACCCCAUGGUCCCCAUAGAGUUCGGCUGUUUGACGUCAGAACUGAUCAAAACUGUAGUCAACCCUCAGCUGGUCACCUUCAAAGGCUUCCCUGGCCUCUCGCACAGCUCCUGUCCCCAGGAGAUGGAGGUCAUAAAGGAAUUUAUUGAGAAGUAUUUGCCUCGGAUCUGACCUCAGUAUGACCUUACUGUGACCCCUGAGACACUGACCUCUCACCUUUGACCUUUCACCAAUGCCCCACACAGAAAACGGGAAACAGCCAUGAGCACUCUUCUUUGAGUUACAGAAAAAUCACUGUAAUGGUUUCAUUUCUAAUACUUUCCAUAGGCUUAGCCUUCAGAGGGAGAUCAAUCAACUCACAAUGCAUUCCUGUUUAAUUUAUAAAUGCCUUGUUCCUUAACCACCCAUGCCUGUUAUGAUUUCCUAGCUUUCUCAGCAUAUUUUCGUCAAAUUUUUAACUUCACCACAAUUCUUGACCUUAUAACACACCCAAUACAUUCCUCCCAUAUAUGUGAACAUGAUGCAAUAUGACCAAUUUACGCUAUAACUUUAAUCCACAAAUAAUUGCCACAAUGUGCUGUUCGUUUUCUCUAACCUACCCGUCAUUAACCAUGUUUUUAGUUUCAAUUAAAAUGUCCAGAUUAGAGUCACUUGUUUAAUCUUGAUUUGGGUAUGUGUUACAUACAUAAACACGGUAAAAAUCAUAAUACCUUGGCCAACAAAUCUUUCUGCUUGUAUCUUUGUCUGUAUAUGUAAUGUGAACAAUUGUAUCUCCAUUGGUUUCGCAUGAAAGUAUGAAUGACUGGCCUAUUGUAAUGUAAUGCAUGAAUUAGUCAUGUAUAAGAUGCUAUUGCAAACUGCAUAUCAUCACUGUCUUGUCAAUAUCCCCCUUGGCCCUGAACCAAUUCACAUUUUUAAUUUUGCAUGGUCUGCCUGGUUUUAAACUCUUGCACUGUCUCUUUUUAAACCAAAACAGUUUAAUUAAACCACAGAAAUCUCCAAUAAAAAACUACACCUCAGCUCCCUCUAAUGGCCAUUUACCAUUGCUACAUGGGGUCAGAUCUCUUGU